AUGUUGAAAAAAAAGUGGAUCAAAUUCUUGCAAGAUACCUGGAUUCUCCAGUCUAAACCAUUUCAUCGACCUGCUUGUUCAACUCCUCUCUUUCUACAAGACAAGAAAGUGUCGUACAAGCCAUUCGUAACCUAUCUUUUGAUGAAAAAGCCAUUCUAUUCACAGACGGAAGGUAUCUCCAGGAAAGACGAGAAAAGAGUGGAAGAAGUAUUUGAGGCAUUGGACAAGACAAAACAAGAGUUUGAGUCCCCCGCUUCUGGAUAUUGA